GUAGACUUUAAGGUAGCAGCCGUUGAAAGUUGACAACACAACAAACUCUUCAAGCACAAAUUUUCCCCUUGUCCGAACACAGAAGAAGAAGAAGAAGAAGAAGAAGAAACCCAAGAAUUAGAGAUGCAGAUGCCCAAAACCCCUAAUUGGGGGCCUCUUCAAUCAUCCUUGUUGUUGACUCUUUUCUUACUUUUGAUUACAGGUUUGGCAGAUACCUCAUCAACAUCAAAUGAAAGUAAAGGGAAAAAUCAUUCAUCCAGAAUUUCCACCGGAGUGAGACUAGUGAUAGUGUGCCUUGGAAUUUUAGCUUCUGUUGGAUUUUGUUAUGUCCUUUUCAAGAUAUGGCAGAAGAAGAAAAGGGAAGAGCAGCAAGCUCGUCUCCUAAAGCUCUUUGAAGAAGAUGACGAUCUUGAGGUUGAGCUUGGGAUUCGGGAUUGAGAUUACAUUUUCUCCAUCUAUAACACAGUGCGUUCUAGAAGAGGUGCGACCACUGUCAUUUUACAGCAAAUUGGGGUUGUUUCUUUUUAGUUUGUAUCACAACAAUAAUUAGUCUUUGCAUUGUGUAUAGUUGAAGAUUAUUUGUAGAUUAUAUUCUUGUUUUAGCUUGUAAGGUAUUUCUUAAUUGACAUUCAUACAAUGCUAAAAACGCCUAUAAUCUGCAAUGGUUACAUGAAACUUCCAAGGAGUGUAAA